GCAUUGCAUUUGCUAGUAAAUAAAAAUGGCAGAAGUAGAACAAAAGGAACGAGAGAUAAAAAAUGCACCUAGCUUUUUAAAAGCAAACAUCUGGGAACAUUUUGGCUUUUAUGAAAAAAGUGGGAAGCACAAAUUGGACAAGUCAUACGCUGUGUGUAAAAUCUGUCACACAAAAAUUAAAUAUCUAGGGAAUACUACUAAUCUGAGAAACCACGUCAGCCGUUUUCACCCAGAAAUGCUAAAACCUACCACCACCACCACCACCAAGGAAAUGAACCCAGAUCAGCCAAAAAUUGAUGCAAUGUUACAGUCAACUUUUCCGCCCAACUCUGAAAAGGUAAAGAGAAUAACAAAAGCUGUGGCAGCUUUCAUAGCGAAGGACCUGCGCCCUUACUCUGUUGUGGAAAACAGUGGGUUUCGCUACCUUUUGAAGACGAUAGAGCCGCGUUACAAGAUCCCGUCACGAAGUCACUUUACAGAAAACGUCAUACCUGCACUCUACCACGAAACCAAAGCUAAGAUAAUUGCAUCAAUGAGCCAAGCAAGUCGAGUCGCAAUAACGUGUGAUUCCUGGACUUCAGUCACGACAGAGUCUUAUGUUACAAUAACAGCACAUUAUGUUAGUAAGGACUGGCAGAUUUUGUCGCAUGUACUGCAAACGAGAGCCAUUUAUGAGUCUCACACGGGUGCUCAUCUGGCAGAGCUACUUUCUCAUGUUGUGGAAGAAUGGCAGCUGUCCGAUAAAUCUGUAGUGCUUGUGACCGACAACGCGUCAAACAUGAUAGUUGCAGCUCAAGUUGGAAAAUUCCCCCAUGUGAAAUGCUUCGCCCAUACACUGAAUCUUGCAUCCCAGCGAGCGUUGAAAGUGGCCACUCUCUCUAGGCUUCUUGGCAGAGUACGUCGGAUAUCCACAUUCUUUCACCGCAGCACUAGAGCAAGCCACUGUCUAAAAGAGAAACAGAAAUGUCUUGGCUUGAAGAAUCAUAAGCUGAUAACUGAUGUGGCAACAAGAUGGAACAGUGCAUACGACAUGGUCGAGAGGUUCUUGGAACAACAACCUGCAGUCUGUGCCACCUUGCUGUCUCCAGAAGUCAGAAGAGGAGAGUCCGAUCUCUGCACUCUAAACGAAACAGAUGUGUCAAAUGCAGAGGACGCCGUGAGUGCAUUAAAGCCAAUGAAGGAUGCAACCAUGCUGAUGUCAGAAGAGCGCAAUCCAACAGUUUCUCUCAUUGCCCCUAUAAAUGCACAACUUCUCCAGAGCAUGACAGACACGAUGGGAGACACACCCAUGAUCCAUGAGAUCAAGAAUUCUAUUAGAACAGAUCUCCAGAAGAGGUACAGCAGUGAGGCCGAGAAGAAGAUCCUUCAUACAGCCUCUGCACUGGAUCCUCGCUUUAAGGGACUGCCUUUCAUCCUCACAGAUGAAGAAAGAUUGGAGAUAUUUAAAGGAGUCACUGAGGAAGCUGCAUCCUUGGAGAUUACAUCAGAUGAGAGUGAGAGGACACAAGAGGAUCAUCAAGUGCCUAGAAGAAAACGAACUCUGGAAGAAGAGGACAGUUCACCCAUCGAAGACAACCAUUCUCCAUCUCCACCAUCUCCUCCCAAAAAGGCCAGAUCGCUGCUCGUGAGUUUGCUGGGACAGUCUUUCACUGACACUGAAGGUACAAUAGAACCCAAAAAGACCCCCUAUGCCAAGGCUGAAGAGGAAAUGGAAAACUAUUGUAAAGCCCCACCUCUGCCUCUCACUGAGGACCCUUUGAACUGGUGGCGUGAGCAUGAGGUCAUAUUUCCCCUCCUUUCUCGGCUGUCAAAGCAAUACUUGUGUAUCCCAGGUACAAGCGUGUCUGCAGAGCGGGUUUUCUCCACUGCAGGAGAUGUGGUAACUGCAAAAAGAAGCGCCCUCAAACCAGACCAUGUAGAUCAAUUGGUGUUCUUACAGAAAAAUCUACAUGUUCCCAAAUGCUGAGCAGUGUUUUUAAUUUUAUAGAUUUUGUUUAUAGCAUUGUCUCUGCCACUGAAAUUUUUUAUUUCUCUGUCUCCCCUG